GUGACAUCGUCCGCUAGCCUGUGUGUAACGUAGUGUAAGCAAAGCUAUGAAGCUGAGUUGCUUAUUAAAUUCCUUAAAUUCUACGUUUAGAUUUUGUUACAAACAAUGUGGAUAUUUGGGUAUGGAUCAUUGACAUGGAAGACCAAUUUUCCCUAUACGGAACGGUUAGUUGGCAGUGUGAAAGGCUAUGCCAGGAGAUUUUGGCAAGCAAGCUUGGACCAUAGAGGAGUACCCGAAAAGCCUGGACGAGUAGUCACCCUCAUCGAAACACCAGGGGAGGAUGUAUGGGGCAUUGCCUAUCAUGUCGCCGAGAGUGAUAGAGACAGUGUGAAGGAGUAUCUUGACUUCAGGGAAAAGAAUGGCUACACCACGAAAGCCGUGAUGUUUUAUCCGAUUCAGUCUCCGGAUGGCUCCGUCCAGGAACCCUUGGAAGUCCUAGUCUACAUUGCCACUCCCUGUAACCCUUCGUUUCUAGGACCUGCUCCCCUGGAAGAGAUAGCCAAUCAGAUCCUUUGUUCUGAGGGACCCAGUGGGAAGAACAAGGACUACUUGCUGCAGCUUGCUGUCACCAUGAGAAAGCUGGUCCCAGACUGCAACGAUGCACAUCUUUUUGAGCUGGAAAGACUAGUGAAGGGACUGAUGGCAGAAGAUAAUAGUCGAACCGUCCAUCAUCGAGACUAGGAAACUGAUGCCAUGGUACAUGUAUGAUGCUGAAAGCUUAUUCUUAAUGACAAGUCUACCUGGAUAAACAGAGUUCUACCUUGUGUGUUUGUUAUUUGGAUUUUUGUGAUGUGAUGUGCCCUCCUCCCAAUGAUUAACAUAUUAAAUGCUAAUUUUGAUACCUUUUAGAGUUUCUGUAUAUAGUGUGUAUUUGGUAUAGCCCCAUAUCAAAAACUUAUUGUAUGAUCUAAAUAAUGAUCACAGCAAGCAGCCUUACGAUGAUCACUAAGCUUUAUAAUUCAGGGCCCAGUCUAGACCCUAUCUUUUACCAAAGAUGUUCAUUAUGCAGCUUUACAUUUGCAAUGUAACUCCUGUGAAACAGGGUAACCGUCGGUUUAUUGAUAUGAUAAUAACGGCAUCAUUUUGAACAAAGAAUCAAGACGCGUAUUCUUAUUUUUUUUUCUUCUUUUUACAGCAAUCUAAAUAGAGUGCUCAAUUGUAUGCACUUUAUUACUUUUUUUAAAUUAGAUUUUAUCUUAAUUAAAACUUGUGUCAGAAUAUGUGUUGUAAAUCUAAAUUAUUGCAGUCAAUUAUAAAUUUAUGUACAGUACUGUUAUUUUACAGGUAAUGUAUAACAUUGUAAUAGUGCGUGCCCCUUAUUUGAUUCAAUGAUAAAUCUUGUGCAAUUUGUAGGCAAAAUUACAAUAUUUAUGCAAUAUUUAUGCAUAUAUGAUGGAAAAUUUUAAACUGAUUUAUUGAGCGAUCAUCUGUAUGUAUGCAGAGGGACCAUCUGUCUAAAAGACAACAAUUUUGAUUCAUUACUUUUCCUUCUUGAAACAUGCAUUACAGAAACCUGUACAUAAAGACCAAUGUUCAUUGAGACCCAUUUUCUUGUCUUCCUACAUAUAAGUAGUCUUUAUGGGCAAUUCUCUGUCAAUCGUUUUGUCAGUAUAAACUUGAUUAAGUUAAAACAAGGACACCAUCUAUGAAGCACAGUGUCAUGUCAGUUUAUUUUACUUCACUAAUUUGAUUAAUCGCAUGUAUAUUGGGUCUACAAGGUAGAACGUUUUCUAUUGUAGGCUGAAUUUCCCUCAAGAACUCAAAGAAGAAUAUAAAUAUUCAAAUUUACUUGUUUGGAAAUAUUUUAUAAAAUACAGUUUGCACAUUAUAUAAAACUUUUAUAUAAAAAAAAAUGUAGAGCUUAUCAGUGCAAUUUAUUGAUGCAAUGAUUUUCCUAGGCUAUUUUAGAUGAAAUUUUAAAUGAAAUACUAAUGCUAACCAGUUUGUAUAUAGUGCAAAUUACAAAGAAGUCUAUUUGCACUCUGAAAUAAGGGGAAAAAAAUUAAUUUACACAUCUAUUUUCGGCAGUAUGCAAUAGUUAACUUCUGCCCUACUUUAUUGGCGAGAGGAAGCAGAUAAAAAGAUGUAAUUGUCUAUUUAACAGAAAAUUGUGUCUGUCAUUUUUUUAAUGCAUAAAUGUAGAUACCAAUAAGUUUGAUAGCAUAGUGGUUUAAACAGUCCUUUCUGACUGUAGGAUCUUUAGUAUCCUUUUGAAUUUCCCCUAGAAGAAGAAAGCAAUGCUUAAAGUAGAAACAAAUUCAGUUUCAUUAUAUUGCUUGUUUUUUUUUUAUGAAGUCAGUAUUACUGUUGUAAGAUGUUGUCCCUGGUUGUUGUCCUUAAAGGCACUGCCCAUCGACAAUAUACGGGAAUGUGAAUGUUUUAUUUAUAAUAUUCAUUUUUAAGUUGUUUUCUUGAAAUAUCAAGACAUUAACAGGCAAUACUAGAAUUUUUUACAUCUGACAUCACAUGUUGAAACUGUGGCAUUUCUGAGAAUAUAGACAAUAUAUUAUAUUGAUAUUUAUUAAAAGUAUAGAACAU